GGCACUUUUCAUCACAAAAAAGAGCACUUUUCACCACAAAAAAGGGCACUUUUAAAAGGGCACUUUGGGGACAUGUGCCCCCCGGUUCCUACGCCCCUGGAAAGCAGGCUGGCUGUUUGGCGGGCAAUGCACCCUAGUUUUUUUAUUUUACCCUGUCUAAUGCCAGAUUAUUCUACUCUGUCUAAUUGUAAGAUGAUUUUACUCAUCAAGGUACAAAAUAUAGUCAAGACUGUCCCGCUCCUGUAGUCUGUUGUGAUUUACUGUAAUUUGUUCUGUUUUUCUGUAACACUAGCGGUUACCAAUUUAUUGGCAAAUACCAUGAUAAAAUUUAAAUUUCGCACCUUUUAUGUGAUGAUUAAAUUUUGCACCUUUUAUGUGAUAAAAAAUACCUGUGGUUCAGGUUUCCCAACCGACCCUAUUUUUUCUGCCGACCCUAUUAUUUUUUCAAAGUGAUUGACAGUGUGACCCUAUUUUCUCCGGGUGGUCGCGGGCUGCUCAUACAGCGUGGCAAAAUGGCGUCUGUUGUCACAAUAAUUAUUGAACCAAAUUGCCUAAAUUCAUCCAUAGGAACUACGCAUCUCUAGUUAAUAUUGAUGUUGGGGCUGUACUGAAGAUUGCCCCGCAAAAACCCCCGGCAAAACCAUGAAAAAAUAUUCAAAAAAAAUUAUUUCCGACCUACCUACCCUAAUUUUUUUGAUAGGGAGUUUUUAUAAAAAUACCACACCUGCUGUGCGUUGUAAAUGAUUCUUUAUGUUCCAGACAUCUCCACCCAUUUGCCCAUCCCAAACAUUUCUGCCCAGGGAUCAUUCUCAUUCUUGUUACUUGAUCGAUUUCUAGCGUAUUAAUUUCCCAUGGAUACUACGAAAUCUGAGAGUGUGCAUACUGGUGAGAAAAAAUAUGAGUGUAAUAUUUGCAAGAGGAGAUUUGGCAAUUCAAGUAAUUUAAUCAAUCAUAACAGAACACAUACUGGAGAAAAGCCUUAUGAAUGUGAUGUUUGCCAGAAACGAUUUUCUCAAUCACACAAUUUGAUAAAUCAUAAAAGGUUACAUUGUGGAGAAAAAGCUUAUCUGUGUGAUCUUUGUGAUAAGAGAUUUGCACAACCAAAUGGCCUACUAAAACAUAAAAGAAAGCACCUUGGAGGAAAGUCUUACGAAUGUGAUGUUUGCAACAAAAGGUUUUCCAAAUCUAUCAAUUUUAAAAACCAUAAAAGAGCACACCUUUUGGGAAAACCUCAAGAAAGUGGUGUUUGCAAGAAAUCAUUUUACAAUUCAAAUAAUUUGAUCAAUCAUAACAGAACACAUAGUCAAGAAAAGCCUUAUGAAUGUGAUGUUUGCCAGAAACGAUUUUCCCAAUCAUACAAUUUGAUCAAUCAUAAACGAUUACACUCUGGAGAAAAAGCUUAUAUAUGUGAUCUUUGUGAUAAGAGAUUUGCACAGCCAAAUGGCCUACAAAGACAUAAAAAAAGGCACACUGGAAAAAAGCCUUAUGAAUGUGAUGUUUGCAAGAAAAUAUUUUUAUCAUCCAAUCAAUUACUAAAACAUAAAACACUACACACUGGGGACAAACCUUACGAAUGUGACGUGUGCAAUAAACAAUUCACACAAUCGGGUAGCUUGGUUGUACAUAAACGAACACACACUGGGGAAAAACCUUAUGAAUGUGAUGUUUGCAAGAAAACCUUUUCAUAUUCCAGUAGCUUGCGAAACCAUAAAGAAACUCAUACACACACUGGGGGAAAACCUUAUGAAUGUGAUGUUUGCAAGAAAACCUUUUCAUAUUCCAGUAGCGUGCGAAAGCAUAAAAAAACUCAUACCCCUGACAAAACGUUUGAAUGUGAUGUUUGCAACGAAAAAUUUUUCCAAUCAAACGCUUUUAUAAAACAUAUAAGAACACACCACGAAGACAAAAAACCUUUUGAAUGCGAUGUUUGCAAGAAACAAUUUUUACAAGUGCAGGGUUUAAAAAUUCAUAAGCGAACACAUACUGGAGAAACGCCUUAUGAAUGUGAUGUUUGCAAGAAAAGAUUUUCAGAUUCAAGAAAUUUACUAAGCCAUAAAAAAACGCACACUGGCGAGACAAAAUAUGAAUGUGACGUUUGUAUGAAAGUGUUUUCUUAUCGAUGUAGUUUAGUGGUACACAAAAGAUCACACACUGGAGAAAGGCCUUAUGAGUGCGAUGUUUGCAAGAAACGAUUUCCGGGCUCAAAUGGUUUGAUACAACAUAAAAGAGUGCACACUUGUGAGAAAAAAUAUGAAUGCCUUGUUUGCAAGAAGAGAUUUUCGCAAUCAAGUCAUUUGACAAUACAUAGAAGAACACACACUGGGGAAAAACCGUACGAAUGUGAUGUUUGCAAGAAACGAUUUCCCCAAACAAGUGCUUUAGCUUGCCAUAAGAGAACACACACUGGCCAAAAACGCGUACAAAAAAAAGCACAUGCAGGAGAAAAGCCUUAUGAAUGUGAUGUGUGCAAGAAAAGAUUUUUGGAAUCGAGUUAUUUGCUAAAACAUAAAAGAACGCACACUGGCGAGACAAAAUAUGAAUGUGACGUUUGUAUGAAAGUGUUUUCUUAUCGAUGUAGUUUAGUGGUACACAAAAGAUCACACACUGGAGAAAGGCCUUAUGAGUGCGAUGUUUGCAAGAAACGAUUUCCGGGCUCAAAUGGUUUGAUACAACAUAAAAGAGUGCACACUUGUGAGAAAAAAUAUGAAUGCCUUGUUUGCAAGAAGAGAUUUUCGCAAUCAAGUCAUUUGACAAUACAUAGAAGAACACACACUGGGGAAAAACCGUACGAAUGUGAUGUUUGCAAGAAACGAUUUCCCCAAACAAGUGCUUUAGCUUGCCAUAAGAGAACACACACUGGCCAAAAACGCGUACAAAAAAAAGCACAUGCAGGAGAAAAGCCUUAUGAAUGUGAUGUGUGCAAGAAAAGAUUUUUGGAAUCGAGUUAUUUGCUAAAACAUAAAAGAACGCACACUGGCGAGACAAAAUAUGAAUGUGACGUUUGUAUGAAAGUGUUUUCUUAUCGAUGUAGUUUAGUGGUACACAAAAGAUCACACACUGGAGAAAGGCCUUACGAGUGUGAUGUUUGUAAGAAACGAUUUCCGGGCUCAAAUGGUUUGAUACAACAUAAAAGAGUGCACACUUGUGAGAAAAAAUAUGAAUGCCUUGUUUGCAAGAAAAGAUUUUCACAAUCAAGUCAUUUGACAAUACAUAGAAGAACACACACUGGGGAAAAACCGUACGAAUGCGAUGUUUGCAAGAAACGGUUUUCCCAAACAAGUGCUUUAGCUUGCCAUAAGAGAACACACACUGGCCAAAAACGCAUACAAAAAAAAGCACAUGCAGGAGAAAAGCCUUAUGAAUGUGAUGUGUGCAAGAAACGAUUUUUGGAAUCGGGUUAUUUGCUAAAACAUAAAAGAAUGCACACUGGAGAGAAACCUUUUGAAUGUGAUGUUUGCAAGAAACGAUUUUCCCAAUCAAGUACUUUAAUUUCCCACAAACGAACGCACACUGGGGAAAAGCCCUACGAGUGUUAUAUUUGCAUGAAAAGAUUUGCUCAAUCAAGUGUUUUACUUAGACAUAAAAAGACACACCCUGCCAAUAUGGUCAAUAUGCCUUAUGAAUGUGAUGUUUGUCAUAAAGGAUUUAUAUGUUCAGGAAGUCUAAUGGAACAUAAAAGAGCACACACUGAUGACAAUUCUAUUGAACGUGAUGUAAAUGACAGUGGAUCGACUGAAUUACAAACUGACGAAAUACUUCCAGAACACAAUGUUAACAACAUGGAAUUUAUGAAACCAUGUGAUGAGGAGUCUUGCCAUACACAGACAUCAAACUCCAAGGAAUGUGCAGAAAAUACAAGUCAUUGUGAACCUCACUGUGAAUGCACUCUUUGUCAAGAAUUACAAAAACCAGAAACAUCUGGUGUUGGAUACGUUUGCUCUAUUUGUAAUGUGGUGUUUGGUAUGCACAGAGAACUUAUAUUACAUAUUAUGGAAACUCAUGAUACUGAGCCAGCCAACUAA